UUGAGGUUACAGUACUGUCAUGUUUGACGUUGCGUCCCUGAUCCCGGAAGAGCAGCGGGAAGGGGCAGCGGCAGAAGAAUAACUGCUAUGGGAUGAGGAACCGAGAAGAACCUGCAGCCCCCAUGCCCCGUGAGCAGCGCCGGCACAUCUCCGAGCCAGGUUUUAUUUCUUCUGGAAGAUUAACUGUUGCACCAUACUGGCUGCUUGGCCUAACAACUUAAUAGUAGACUUCUUCAGACCCUUGUGGCACUGGACCUGAAUAUCUUACACUUAUCAACUAUAAAGGGCACACUGAAGAGGCUUCCAUAAUGGAAAAACAUUGGGUUUUGUGGUCAUGUGCAGAAAGAUGGCUGUUGGCAUUAGCAUCAUGGUCGUGGGGCUUGUGCCGAAUUUGUCUCUUACCUUUAAUAUUAACUUUUAAUAUGUAUGGAGGAGUGAUUUUACUUCUGUUGAUUUUUGUUUCUAUAGCUGGAAUCCUGUUUAAAUUUCAGGAUGUGCUACUGUAUUUUCCAGAUCAACCUUCUUCAUCAAGACUUUAUAUUCCAAUGCCAACUGGAAUACCACAUGAAAAUAUAUUUAUAAAAACAAAAGAUAAUGUUCGUCUCAAUCUCAUCUUGCUGAGAUACACUGGAGAUAACUCAAACUUCUCCCCAACUAUUAUUUAUUUUCAUGGUAAUGCAGGAAAUAUUGGACAUAGGUUACCAAAUGCCUUGUUGAUGCUGGUAAACCUUAAAGUGAACUUACUUUUGGUUGAUUAUAGAGGGUAUGGAAAAAGUGAUGGAGAGCCUAGCGAAGAAGGCCUUUAUCUGGACUCGGAAGCUGUUUUAGAUUAUGUUAUGACUAGGCCAGACAUUGAUAAAACAAAGAUAAUACUGUUUGGACGUUCUUUAGGGGGAGCAGUGGCUAUCCACCUAGCUUCUGAGAAUGCACACAGGAUUUGUGCCCUUAUGUUAGAAAAUACUUUUCUUAGCAUCCCUCAUAUGGCAAGCACCUUGUUUUCUGUCCUUCCGAUGAGAUACCUUCCAUUAUGGUGCUACAAAAAUAAGUUCUUGUCUUACAGAAAAAUCCUCCAGUGCCGAAUGCCUUCAUUGUUUAUCUCUGGGCUUUCAGACCAAUUGAUUCCUCCAUUUAUGAUGAAGCAGCUCUAUGAACUAUCCCCUUCCCGGACUAAAAGACUGGCUAUAUUUCCGGAUGGUACUCAUAAUGACACAUGGCAGUGCCAAGGCUACUUUACAGCACUUGAACAGUUUAUUAAGGAACUGACCAGCAAUCACUGUCCUGAAGCCAAUGCAAAGACUUCAAAUGUCACUAUAAUAUAGAUAGUGAUUUCUUUUGCACUACUGUAUAUAUUGUUUGUGAGGCGGGGCAACAGAAUGUCAUUUGUACUGUUCUGAACUGAAAUUAAAAUUCUCCUUUGGGAAAAAAAACACUUGAAAGCUGUACAUGUAAUAUAAUUCAGAAUUUCUUCUUUAGUGCUGACUUUUCCACAUGCGGAUGUCCUAAACCUUAUACUGUCUUCAGAUACCAAUCACUUCAGAAAAAUAAUCAGGUCAGCUUAAAGCCCCCAAAAUGUUCUAAAACACAGUUUUUCUUAGGACUGCUGUACUAGCCCCAAGAUACAGUAUUAUUAUAAAAAGUGUGGAAGAACUCUAAUUGACCAUCUAGAGCACAGUCACUUAAAACUGUAGCUUUCUUUUGGCUCUUCCUUCCCUGUUCUAAGUGAUUUUGUAAUGCCUAACCCUUAGUUCAGGCCAUAGAUGGCUAAUGCACUCAUGCAAUUGGUGCAUGCCUGAUGGUACCACUGGAAGUGACAGCCAAGAUCCUUAUUAAUAGAUGAAGCACAGGAUUAUAUAACAUGUCUAUUACAGUGUUACUUUUGGACGUACCUUUUUCUGUACAGCUUGUGCUAAUGUACUUUUUGUCUCCAUAUAUAUCCUAAAAGCCAAACAGAAACAUUUACCGUGGGCAACUGACAAAAUAUAGAUGAGCAUCGAGAAACUGCUCUCUUGACAUAAUUGCUAACCCCUCAAAUUUACUGAAUAAUUAUCUAUAAACAGAAAUGUGUUUUAGUUCAUCCUUCAGAAAUUAUCCUAAUGAUUUUAAUUACACAUAGGUGGGGCAAUAGUAUGGCAGCGAUUGUUAGGGUUGCUUUCUUUUUUUUAUCUGUGUACACAGACGUACCAGGCUGGAGGGCUUAAUAAUUAUCAAAUUAUAUGAAGUAUCAUGUGUGGACAGUGAGGCAUGCACAGUAGAACAUAGAGUCCAGCUGAAGUUAUGCCCCUGAUCUCCUUUGUUGCUGAUCUCUGCAAGAGCACCGAGAUUGGGUAAGUUCAAACAUGAAUUUUGCAUAUAAUAGAAACAAUCAAUUUUUUGCCACACAUAUAUAUUGGGAAAAAUUGUUUCUUUUGCAGAGUCCUACCAUUUUGGUAGGUAAACAACCCCCCUUUUAAGGAUAUAUGUGAGCAAGUAUUGCUAACAUUUGUUGAUUGUUCUAUAAUAGUGUUGCCAUCUUUUCUGCAAUAAAUACUGGCCUUCCUAUAUAUGUUGUCUGUCUUCUCUAUUAAUAACGUUGGCAUGAAGUAUAAUAUUUACCAGCUAGGCUGUUAAAAUACUGGCUAGGUUGCAACCCAACUUUAUAUUGGAAUGACUGGGAAAUGCUUUGUCAUUCUGCAUGGAUGAUUAUCUCCCAAAGACCUGGUGUUGCACAGUUUUUAGUGAUCACCCAUACAAAAUAACCAGCAAUGCUUUCUAUUAAUGUCUCCUAAAUAUGAUGUGUGACUGAAAGCAAGCAUUUUGAUCGCAAUCACCAUGCAACUAACAUGCAAUUUCCCUACCAAAUAGUCCCUUUUUUUCUAUGUAAAUGUCAGCUUGCAGCAUAAUAUGCAUUUGUUAAAAAAUACCUGAAUAUAUAACAACUUUUGAAAAUAUUUACAGGAACUGUAGUUAUUGUUGUUUCCCCCUUGAAGAUGCACAUGUCAUGGAUUCUAUAGACUUCUUUAAAUGAUUUGCUCUUAUUUCAACACACAUUAAAGAACAGUGGUUACUGUAAUUAUAAUGAAGGGGCCCAUAAAAAUGUUAGCUAAGAUAAUUCCAUUUUUUUUUUCUUUUAAUAGCAAAUGUCUAAAAGCGACAUUAGCCAGCAACACAUUACUUGAUCAUAUAUAUGAUCAUAUAUAUAAUAAGGCCUCUUUGUAGUUCUCAUCCAGAAGAUGCUUUUGUUAUGCAUGCCUAUAAUUUUCUCUUGUCUGUUAACUGUGUAGUACACACACACGUUAUACUUUCUUAUGGCAAAUAAUUUUGAUUAAUUUCAUUGCCUUCCUAUUAGUAAUUCUUUCUUCCUGCAGACUGAAAAAGGGUCAGCCAGUAUAUGUUGUAACCAUCUCAGUAUAUGUUUGAAUAAUGGAAUUGAAGCAAUAGUUAAUUAUAGAUCUGGUUUGUUUUGUUAAUAUUCUAGCUGGAUAUUAUUAAGGUGGACUGUGUUAGUUAUCCUGAAUCUUGUAAUAAAGUCUUCAGAGUUAUGGUUAAAACAAACAGCCUUUAUUUUGCAGUAACUGCAAGAAUGGGCAGCGGCCAAGACUAAAAAGUCCUUGCCAUGCAGCAAACACUUUAAAUGCUGCAGCUGAGGAAAACAGAAAUAAAAUGCUGUACAUUGCAUUGCAUGUUUCUAUUUGCAUCUUUCUGUGUCCAACACAAUGCUUUAAUGUGUAAUGAAUUAUUUUAUAUGAUUUAUUUUCUAAACUGGUUUAAUUAUGACAAAACAUAGUAAUAUGGUUGAUAGUAUGUUGAACACACAACAAAACGCAAGGGCUUGUUCAUAACUGUAAGAAUGAUCACUUUGUAUAACAAGUUAUUUCAACACCAAUGUUUUAUCCACAUGAAGCUGUAAAUAUUUAGAAUAAAUCAUUCAUGAUUUUGAACUCUAA